AUGUCAGACAGAGUUCAUCUAAUAGGAAUCAGUGCCCUGUCAUUGUUUACUGGCGCUUGUUUGGGUGCCCUAUGGGUACUUAACUCCCCUUCAUUAGGCACUAAAUCAUACACAUCCGGAAAUGCAAGAAGUAGCCCCAAGUCUAAAUGUCAAACGCCAGCAUCUUCAGAUUACUUGUCAGACUUUGAGCACACAAGUGGCGAGUCUAGUUUUGAUGAGGUUGACGACGAAUCAGUGGAACUAGCUGAGGAAGAAGAGUAUCUUGAGAUUGAUUCCAAGCCAUUGAAUGACAUCCCUGGCGAAUGUAAAAUGGUGUUUGCCAUAAGGCAAGAUCUCAAAAUGGAAAAGGGGAAGAUUGCCGCUCAGUGUUGUCACGCUGCAGUUUCAUUGUACAGAAUGAUGUUUCAGGGAGAAGUCUCCAAGAAUUUGGAUCUUCUGAAGAGAUGGGAGUCCUUGGGGCAGGCCAAGAUAACAUUAAAGUGUCCAAAUCAAGACGAGAUGGAUCUUUUGUAUGCCAAGGCCAUUUCUUUGAAUGUUAAUGCUUAUAUAGUGCACGAUGCUGGAAGAACACAGAUAGCUGCUGGAAGCGCAACUGUGCUAGGUUUGGGACCAGCACCAAACUCAGUUCUGGACCAGAUAACAGGAAACCUCAAGUUAUAUUGA